CAACGAAACGUUAACAACCAGAAGCAAUAUAAAAUGGCACAACAAAGUAAAACUGAAAUUUAUUUGAAAGUGAAGAAACCACUAUUGGAGCGUCAACGACGUGCGCGUAUCAAUGACUGUCUGGAGUCAUUGAAGAAACUCGUAGCCGAAUUACAAGCUGAUGAUGCUGUUUUACGCAUGGACAAAGCAGAGCUGCUCGAACAAACGCUUGUUUUUGUGCGACAACAAUGCACACGCGGCAGCAGUAAGGCACAAAAAAGCGCAAACGUAUCGAUGGAUGCAUUCUGUUAUGGUUACAUGAAUGCAGUAAACGAAGUGUCACGCGCGAUGGCAUCAACACCUGGCAUGAGCAUAGAAUUGGGCAAAUCAGUAAUGACACAUUUGGGCCGGAACUAUAAUCGUCUAGAACAGCAGCACGGGCUGCAACAACAACAACAGCGCCAACUAUGCAUAGCUCAACCGCAGCAACAAGUGGUGCAUCAGCCGCUGAAAACUAUACACAUGCAGGCGCUAAGCAUUGAGUGUGCACCAUUGAGUCCAGCUUCUUCCGGCUAUCACAGUGACGGCGAGAGUCCAGCUGCCUCACCUGUUGCACCAUCAAUUGCGCAUACCGCCAGCCUCAAUAUAUGGCGGCCCUGGUAAACGCCAGCAGAGACGCCGCUGUGCCGAUAAGUAGAUGGAGAGCACAACAGAGAAACUAUGGUUCCUGCCACCAGCUGUGAUACUAAGCUGUGAUGUUUUAUUAAAAAAAAAAACCCCCUAACCUAAUUGACUUGUUGUUUUAAGCAGCAUUUAAAAUUUAUAUACAUAUGUACGUAAUUUACAAACUACAUAAAAGAAAAUAUAUACA